AUGGCCGCCGCUACCGUCCGCUCAGGCGCCAAGCUGCUCGACCACAGCAAGGCGCUUGAGACGCUGGCCGAGUACAAGACGGCCGAUGGGCUCGACAUUCACCAGCUCAUGGACACGACCAAGCAUGGAGGCCUCACCUACAACGACUUCCUGCUCAUGCCGGGCUACAUCGGCUUCCCCGCCUCCGAGGUGGCGCUCGACUCCCCCAUCACCAAGCGCAUCACCCUCAAGACGCCCUUUGUCUCGUCUCCCAUGGACACGGUGACGGAGCACGAGAUGGCCAUCCACAUGGCUCUGCAGGGAGGCCUCGGCGUCAUCCACCACAACUGCUCUCCCGAGGCCCAGGCCGGCAUGGUCCGCAUGGUCAAGCGCUACGAGAACGGCUUCAUCCUCGACCCCGUCGUCAUCGACCGUAACCUGACCGUCGGCGAGGCCAAGGCCCUCAAGGAGAAAUGGGGCUUUGGCGGCUUUCCCGUCACCGAAAACGGCAGGCUCGGCUCCAAGCUGCUGGGCAUCGUCACCAACCGAGACAUUCAGUUCGAGGACGACCUCGACCUCCCAGUCUCCACCGUCAUGGUGACAGACCUCACCACUGCCCCCGACGGUGUCACCCUUCUCGAGGCCAACAAGAUCCUUGCCAAGUCCAAGAAGGGCAAGCUGCCCAUCGUCGACAAGGACCACAACCUCGUCUCCAUGAUCUCCCGGUCCGAUUUGACCAAGAACCAGCACUUUCCCCUGGCAUCCAAGCUGCCCGACAGCAAGCAGCUCAUCUGCGCCGCUGCCAUCGGCACGCGGCCCGAGGACAAGGACCGUCUCAGGAAGCUCGUCGAUGCCGGCCUCGACAUUGUCAUCCUCGACAGCUCACAAGGCAACAGCCUCUACCAGAUCGACAUGAUCAAGUGGAUCAAGGCCGAGUUCCCCAAGAUCGACGUCAUCGGCGGCAACGUCGUGACCCGUGAGCAGGCCGCGUCUCUCAUCGCGGCCGGCGUCGAUGGGAUCCGGAUUGGCAUGGGGAGUGGCUCCGCCUGCAUCACGCAAGAGGUCAUGGCCGUCGGUCGUCCCCAGGCCGCUGCCGUCUAUUCCGUCAGCCACUUUGCUGCCCGGUUUGGUGUUCCCUGUAUCGCCGAUGGCGGCGUGCAAAACGUUGGUCACAUCGUCAAGGGUCUUUCCCUGGGCGCCUCUACCGUCAUGAUGGGCGGUCUCCUAGCUGGCACCACCGAGUCCCCAGGCACGUCGUUUGUCUCCCGCGAAGGCAAGCUGGUCAAGGCCUACCGGGGCAUGGGCAGCAUCGACGCCAUGCAAGACAAGAAGGCUGGCGGCGGCGGCAAGGACAGCCAAAAGAGCAAUGCCGGCACGGCCCGGUACUUUUCCGAGGGCGACAGCGUCCUGGUGGCCCAGGGGGUGUCGGGAGCCGUGGCGCACCGGGGCUCGGUCGGUAAGUUUGUGCCGUACCUGGCUGCCGGCCUCAAGCACUCGAUGCAGGACUGCGGCAUGAAGAGCCUGGCGGAGCUGCACGAACGCACUGCCGACGGCACGGUACGCUUCGAGCUCCGCACCUCAAGCGCUCAGGUCGAGGGCAACGUCAACAUGGAGGCAUACGAGAAGAAACUGUAUGCGUGA